AUGUCCUCCGAGUCUCUCCAGGCACCACGAUCGCCCGAGCUGCCGAUGACACCCCCGGCCGGUUUCUGGAGCGAGACGCAAUGGGACAUCUUCUGGGCCGUCAUGGACAGCAUAAUUCCUGCAAUCGUGUCCAAGCCGUGCCUCACAGACGGACUGAGCCAGCUGGGCAUAUCGGAUGCUGCAUAUUCGAGCGUGAUGGAGACGGCCAGACACACGAAGCUCGAGAAGAAAGACGAGGCUUCACUGCAGGCCUUUCUGCAGGAGAGACUGUCGACCAGCCCGGCGGUCCGAGAGACCAUCAUUCGAAUCACCUCUCGCCUACCUGUGAAGCAGCAGGAGGCACUUGGUACAUUCCUGUCCAGCUUGGCCUCCAGCAUAGGAGCCUUCCUCAUGACAGGCUCGUGCAUCCCCUUUCACCAGCAGUCCACCCUGAUUCGAGAGGCCGUCAUCCAGGGCUGGCACGUCUCCUGGCUGUCUGGCUUGAGGCGUGCCUCGAGGGCCCUUGUCCGCAUCGCCCAGAUCGCCUGGCUAAUGUCCUCACCUAUGUUCCGGCAGGUCGUCGGCUAUCCAGAGGUGCCCCUAAAUUGGAAGCCAGCCCCCGACUUUGAUUUUGCGUUCCUGCAACCAGGACCUGGAGAAGCAGCAGGCUCACCGUCAGCCCCCUCCACCAUCACCAUCGAGACCGACAUCGUGAUCGUAGGCUCCGGCUGUGGUGGUGCCGUCUGCGCUAAAAUACUGGCCGAGGCAGGCCACCGCGUGCUGGUCGUCGACAAAGGCUACUACUUUCCCCCCUCCCAGCUCCCCAUGCCCGGCACCGCCGCGAGCCGGUACCUGUUUGACCGAGCCGUCAAUAGCUCCGUGGACACGUCCAUCAGCAUCAUCGCCGGUGCGACUUGGGGCGGCGGCGGCACCGUCAACUGGAGUGUGUCACUGCGGACGCAGGAUGCCGUGCGCAAGGAAUGGGCGACCGAUGAGGAGGGCGAAGGAGGAGGGCUUGGGUUCUUCGCUGGGCCCGAGUAUGAGGCCUGCAUGGAUCGUGUGUGUGAACGCAUGGGCGUGUCGACGGAGCCGGUGGUGCAGACGCAUCGUGGGCGGGUGUUGCUGGAGGGCUCAAGGAAACUGGGCUGGCGGGCGGAUGUGUGUCCGCAGAACACUGGUGGCAAGGAGCACAGCUGCGGGCACUGCACGAUGGGAUGUGGGAGCGGCGAGAAACAAGGGCCGGCAACAUGCUGGUUGCCUGACGCGGCGAGGGCAGGGGCGGAGUUUAUGGAGGGGUUUGACGUGGAGAAGAUACUCUUUGAGGAGGGCGAGGAUGUUAAUAACAAUAAUAAAAGGACGGCAACGGGUGUGGCUGGGACAUGGACGGCGAGGGAUGAAAAGGGGACGGUGAGCGGUGCUGUGGAGGAGAGGGUUACAAGAAAAGUCAUGAUCAAGGCGAAGAAGGUUAUUGUUAGCUGUGGUGCGCUUUGGACACCAAUGCUUCUCUUGAGGAGUGGUUUGACCAACCCUCAAAUUGGAAGGAACCUUCGACUUCAUCCAUGCUACACGGCAGGCGGCUUUUUCAUGGAAGAUACGAAGCCAUGGGAAGGCGCCAUCAUCACGAGCUAUUGCUCCGAGCUGGAGGAUCUCGACGGACACGGACACGGAGUCAAAUUGGAAACCACCAACAUGACACCCUACACAUGUCUAUCCUCCUUACCCUUCCGCACGGGCCUCGACUUCAAGCGCAACGCCCUACGCUACCGCCACUUCGACGCCUUCAUCUCUGCCACCCGCGACCGAGACUCGGGCCGCGUGCACCCCGACCCAGCCACGGGCGCCAUCCAGGUCGACUACACCGCGUCCGACUUUGACCGCGCCCACACCCUUGAGGGUGUCCUGGCGCUCUGCAAGAUCAUGUACAUCAUGGGCGCCAGGGAGAUUGAGCCCUUCGUCAGCGGCGUCGAGCCGUUCGUGCGCGAGGACGGCAACAGCACACAGGAGGACGAGGCGGAAGAGGAGAAGAAGCAGGCUGGAGGUGCUGUGGAUCCGGCGUUCACAGCCUGGCUCGACAAGGUUCGACGUCUGGGCUCGAUACGGGGUAAUGUGGGGUGUGCGUCUGCACACCAGAUGGGCUCAUGCAGGAUGAGUGCCAGGGAGGACGGCGGGGUGGUGGACCGGCAUGGGAAGGUAUGGGGGGUGGAGGGUUUGUAUGUUGCGGACGCGAGUGUGUUUCCGUCGGCUAGUGGCGUGAAUCCCAUGGUGACGGUCAUGGCUAUUGCGGACUGGAUUGCUAGAGCCGUGGAUAGGGACUUGAAGGGGACGACGACGAUGAAGAAGGAGGACCGUAGGGGGGAGGAAGAGGAGUAA